AUGCGGCUUUUCCAUAACGACUCUAGUUCUUGCCAGAUAGCACCAAAUACUGAAGCGAGUCCAUAUGGUUUAAGUACCCAAAGUCGUUGGGCAAUGUACGACGUAGAGUGCACCUACUCAGCUCCCAGCCGGAAGACUGUGCCCAACAACCAGGGUUCUCGCAAAAGAGAAGCCCUGCAGUCUCGCCUCGAACGCCUCAAAGCCCAGCUCAGGUCAGUUUCUGAGAAAGUUGACAAGCUUGAGAGCCUUGCACUGCAUGAUCCAACUGUCCAUCUGCCGUUAGUUAGUAUGCAUGAAGAUUUUGGACGGCCCGAGAACUCCCCGCACAACAUAUCCAUGGACUUGCUACUGCUUGAAGAGGCCCUACCGAUAAUUGAGAAAUAUCUUACACCCUUCAAUUCUAUCCUCCCACUCUUCCACCCCAACACACUAUUGCAUACUGUGAGACAGCGGUACCGCCGCCAACGCGGGAGAGAAGAGGCCACCUGGGCGGUGAUCAAUACAACUCUCGCGCUUGCACAUCGUCAGAGCGAAUCGCUUCAGAACAAAAGCAUCGGGGAAUGCUUCAACAACGCACAGUCAGUGCUGACGCAGAUGGUAAUGAGCGACACCAACCUUUUGCGAAGGGUUCGAGAUGCUUCCAGAAAGCUCACCCGGCACGUCCUCGUCAUUGUUUAG